AUUUGACCUGACCACUUUGCCUUAGAUACUAUAAUAUUUAUCUCGGAGACAAUGUUUAUAAGACAAAUUGUUUUAAUUAAUUAUUUAGUUUUAUUAAAUAAGUGCUGCGGAGGAUAAAAAUGAAGCGUUGAUUGAUAAAGCAAUGCCAGUAGGAAAGGAUUUAAUAAAGCAAAACUUUCGGGUCGUAGUCAUGGGAACCGCUGGCGUCGGGAAAAGUUCUAUAAUAAGCAAAUUUAUGCACGACAAAUUCACUGAAAGCCAUAAAGAAACUAUAGAAGAACUGCACCGACACCGGAUGCGGUUUGAAAGUGUGAGUGUUGAAAUCGACAUUCUUGACACAUCCGGCUCUCAUCAGUUCCCGGCGAUGAGAAAACUUGCAAUAGCAACAGGGGACGCAUUCCUGCUAGUAUUUUCUGCGAAUAACCCAGAAAGUUUUGAAACUGUUAAACAACUUCGAGAUGAAAUAAGAGAGCAGAAACAAAAGGGACAGUACUCAAUCGUUGUUGUCGCGAAUAAAACGGAUUUAGACGAUGAUGAUAGCCACUCACAUGCAGUGACCGAUUCGGUUGUGUGUAUGGACUGGGAGGAAAAGUUUGUUACUACAUCUGCCAAAACAGGCGACAAUAUUGACACUGUCUUCCAAGCCCUUGAAGAUAAAAUCAGAGAAAGAAUUACGCUUGAAGAAAAACGCCUGACAUUUAUCAGAAGAAUUUCAAUGCCAGUGAUGAGAAUAGCAAAAUCAGAAAAGGCAGCGCCUGGUCUUUUCAAGAGCAAAUCUCGAACACAUUCUAUGGAAAAUUAAAAUUAAAAGGUGCUGCUGUUACGGCAAUUGCAUCCUAAAACUUUAAAAUAUAUACAAUUUGUAUGUCAACAAUGUGCCAUAAUUGUUUUUGUACAAUAUGUAUAUACCUAAUGUUCAAAACAUUAAUUUUAUGUUGUAAAAUAAUUCUGACAUAGUAAUCUUAGUGAUCUUCUUUGAAUGUUUUAAGUUGACAUUACGUAAAUGCCUUAUAUGAUUCUAAAUUCAGCAGAAAUAACAAUAACUGUUAUUGAUAAAGAAAUAUAUUUUUGUGUUCUUAAUUUAUGCAUAUAGAUACUGUUUGUGUUUUAGUAAUGUUGCGUGUACGGUUUUACCAACAUAAGUGAACGCUAUAUUUGAAUGACAUCAGUUCGCUUUGUUUUUUUAUGUCAAAUGUUCUGUGGUUCUAAUACUGUUAGUGUAAUACCACAUGUUAUCCAGAUUGAUUGGCGAUAUAGUUAGAUUUUCGAAAACAUAUUGGCUUCAGGCUUUUACAUUGUUGUUUAUUGUCUAUUGAUAUAAAUCAUGUAAAUUGUAUUGCCUGAAGUUGUUUUCUU